AUGGAGCAUCUAUCACAGCGGCAUGCGCAUAAUGAUGUUCCUGGAACUAUUCUCCUCGUGGACAUAGCUCAUGAUAGCAAUGCAUCCAGUCAACAAGGAGGAAUAGUUCUGCAACCCCAGCCCAGUACAGAUCCAAACGAUCCUCUCAAUCGGUCUCAGGGCUGGAAGAAUCUCAAUAUCGGCAUGGUAUGCCUAUAUACCUUUGCCAUUGGGAUAUGUACAGCUGCACAUUUCUCCAUCUUGACCCAAAUUUCUCAAUCGCAACAAGUCAGCAUCGCACAUCUCAAUCUGGGCACUGGAUUGAUGCAAUUGAUGCAGGGAUGGUCAAAUCUUUUAUGGCAGCCUAUCGCCAUGACUUACGGUCGGAGGCUUGUCUACAUUCUCACCAUUGUAUUUUCCAUAGGGCCGGUUCUAUGGGUGCCGCUGGCUCAUGGCGCCAGCCAGUGGUAUGCGCAUCGGAUCCUUCUGGGGUUAUUUUGCUCUUCUGUGGAGUCUCUCCCGGAAUUGUCCGUCCAAGACAUCUUCUUCGCUCAUGAACGAGGAAACUAUAUGGCCCUCUAUACGUUCGUCCUUUUUGGCUCGAACUUUAUUGCUCCUUUCUUAGCAGGAUUCAUCACAGACGGCUUGAGCUGGGAAUGGGUCAUGUACCUUGCGACCAUAUUCUUGGUCCUCUGCUCGCUGGUUAUAUUCUUUUUCUUGGAAGAGACCAUGUACUUUCGCAGCACAACCGAGAAUGACACUGUUCAAUAUGAGAUCGUCCCAGCCGAUGAUGAGAGGGAUAUAGCCCAACUCGAGACCGAUUCCCCUGCGAGGCUAGGAGAGACUGAACCGGCCGAGGUGAAACCACGCAGACGAACUCUGGCAUUGAUCACAAAACUACCUGGUCGCCCAACACCCACACAAAUGGCCUUGAAAAGCUGGCAAUCCUUGAAAAUUCCGUUCUAUUUCCCUAACAUUCUUUGGUCCGGCCUCUUAUACGGCUCCAACCUGGCCCUGUACAGCGUCAUCAAUGCGACAAUUUCAAGCAUCCUCGGAUCAAGCCCCUACGAUUUCCCUCCUAGGAUGGUCGGCGUCGCUUAUCUGUCACCUUUCAUCUUCGGUGGUGCUGCGUCCAUUUGGGCGGGUAAAUUCUCCGAUUCACUCGCAAUUAUGCUUGCAAGGCGCAAUGGGGGUGUCCGAGAGCCGGAACACAGACUGUGGGGCUUAUAUGUAUCCGCGCCUAUCGCUGCUGGAGGUCUGCUAAUGUGGGGUGUUGGGGCUAGCCAGGAAGUACAUCAGGUCGCAGGUGGGCUCAGCUACGACGUAAAAGCUGACCUCAUCCAUGAUCCACUUUUGAUCCACUUCCGGUGGAUCCGUAGUUGA